UCAUUUGGAGGAGAGAACUCAAUGGGACCAUCCAAAAUCUGGGAAACGGAAAAGAGUUGCUGGAGACUUACCGUAUGGUUGGGAACAGGAGACAGAUGAAAAUGGACAAGUCUAUUUUGUGGACCAUAUAAACAAGAGGACCACCUACCUUGAUCCCAGAAUGGCAUUCACCGUGGAAGACAAUCCCAUGAAAAGCAACAUGAAACAGAAGUAUGACGGCAACACCACGGCAAUGGAAGUACUAGAAGGCCGAGACUUGAGUGACAAAGUGAUCAUCAUCACAGGAGCCAAUGCAGGAAUAGGUUUAGAAACGGCGAAAUCUUUUGCCCUCCAUGGUGCCCAUGUCAUUCUAGCCUGCCGAAACACCUCAAGAGCGGAUGAGGCCGUGCGCCAGAUCUUGAAAGAAUGGCACAAAGCCAAGGUAGAAGCAAUCACCUUGGAUCUUGCAUCUCUUCAAAGUGUAUGGGAAUUUGCUGAAACCUUCAAAUCCAAGAAUCU